UCUUCUCCUGCCGCUUUCUCUUUCCCCCCCUUCUCUUCCCCCCUCCCCUCGCCGACCCAACCGAACAAGAAAGCCGCACCCGCUGCUUCGCUUAUUCCUUCCUCCCUUCCUUUGCUUCCCCCCGAGAGCCAUGGAAUUGUUCUUCGAGCUGCUCCUCACGGCGGCCGCCUCCCUCCUCGUCGCCUUCCUGCUGGCCAAGCUCUUCUCCGCGAAUGAUCCCCGGAGCGACCCGCGGGAUCGCGCCGUGGGCCCCGCUGAUGUGAUCGCGGAGGGAAACGAGGAGGAGGAGCAAGAGAGGAUCAUCGAGGUAGAUGAGGUCAAGGUGAAGCGGGCGUGGGCGGAUGUGGCGGCGCCGACUCUCGCGGAGGAGUGGGUCGAGGUGGAGAAGGCCCCCGCCACUGUCGCGGAGGAGAAGACCCGGUGCUUGCCCGAGGAAGUGGGGAUUCCGGCGAGGCUUGCUCCGGAGCUGUUCCUUGGUGCCGUGCUGGAGGGGCGGAAGGAGGAGGGAGAGGUUGGCAAGAAGCCGUGCGAUUUGACCUCUGCGGCUGCCGCGAUGGAGACGUCCGUCGAAGUGAAGCUGCGUGAUUUGGGAGCUGAAUCUUCUCCCAGUCCCAGGGAGGUUAUUGACGUGGAGUUGGAGAAAGAGGGGGAGCAGCAGCAUGAUUUGUGUGCUGAGGUUGCUCCAUGUGAAGUCCUUGAUGCUGGAUCGCAAAAACAGGAAGUUCAAGCCAUUGAAGCUGUUGAAGUGGAACAGCGCCAUCUGGCUGCUCCUAAGGAAGUCAUUGAUGCAGCACUGGCGCAGGAGUGUUCACAAACCUUAGCAGAGAUUCCGCAUGAAUUGGCUUCUGAUGCUGUGCCUGAUGAGGUUCUUGAAGCAGUAUUUGAGAAGCAAGAGCAACAAGUUAUUGAAGUGAACCAGCAAGAAUUGACCUCGGAGGUAGCUCCAAGAGUGCCUGUCGAUGUGGCAUUGGCAGAGAAGGAUGAACUUCAAGACAAUCCCGUGGAAGAAGUUGUUGAUGUACACGAAGAAGCUCAGAGUGACGACAAAGCAAAAUGUGAUGCCAGCAUGGUUGGUCGACAAACCGAGUUGGUUCCUAUGGAGGAUUUGGUAGUGAUGAAGGAUGAUGAUCCGGAAGUCAGCCACGAUGGCAGCUCUAAUGACAAAGUGGCUGUCCAGUUACCUGAGAAGGAAGUGACAUUGCUAGGGAUGCCGGAAGAUGAGACUAGAGCAUGCAUGGAGUUUGAAGAGUGGGAAGGGAUUGAGAGAAGUGAAGUGGAGAAGAGGUUUGGUGCAGCAGCGGCUUUUUCCGCUAGUGACGCUGGGACAGCUGCUCUGUCCAAGCUGGACAGUGAUGUGCAGCUGCGGCUGCAGGGACUCCUCAAGGUUGCCAUUGAUGGUCCCUGUUAUGAUUCUACACAACCACUUACAUUGAGGCCUUCAUCUCGUGCAAAAUGGGUCGCCUGGCAAAAGCUUGGCAACAUGCAUCCUGAGAUUGCUAUGGAUAAAUACAUGAAUCUUCUGUCAGAAAUUAUUCCAGGAUGGAUGGGAGACAAAACCAACUCGAGCAUAAAGAAACAUGAAGCUGAUGGUGAUUCUGAAGAGCCCGUCUUAGCAAUGACUGAUCAUAAAGGCGAUCAACACAUUUAUCAACGGAAUGAAGAUAGUACUAGCACUAGCAUGGAUGAAGGUCCCCUGCCAAGUCCCCCUAACCCAGAAAAAGGUCAGAGUUCUGACGUCCCUGCUGAAUGAAGAUAACACGCAUCAAGUAUUUCUUGCAUCAGUGAUAUCAGCCCAUUGCUGAGAUCUCUAUUGAUGCCGUCCACAUAAGAUUAGAAUUGUACAGUAGUUGUGGUUGUGCUAAUACUAGUGCUGUAAUGGAUGUUGGCUCGUGUGUAUGUAUAUGACUGUAUAUAAUCUCAUAACGACCGCUCCUGCUGCCUGUAUAUUUGGCCUGUAGAGACUUCUCAUCGGGUUUAGUCUGUGUAACAGUACGUGCCGUAAGUGAUAAUUACACGUCAUCUGCCUGUUUGGGACAAGAAAUCAAGUGGUUGAAUAUGGAAUACCCUAUGCUAUUAUGGGUCUCAAUAACCUCAAUUUGUUGGA